CCAAAGCAACGAAAGUAACGAAAGUAACGAAAGUAACCAAAGUAACCAAAGUAACGAAAGUAACCAAAGCAACGAAAGUAACCAAAGCAACGAAAGUAACGAAAGUAACAAACACUCUGGAAAAAAAACUCCCACCGGUUCCCUCGAAAUAGGAAAUGUGCGUGAACCACCUCUGGCUCCCCAUGGUUCUCUCAAACUAGGAAAUGGACAGGCUCCCUUUCUGUGUUUGUAAAAAAAAAUUUGUCUCUCUUUCAAAGAUUCACAUCAUGUGAUUUUUUAUUUUUUAGAAACUCUUUUCUUCUUCCUUUCACACUUACAGCAAUGACAGCCUUUACGCGUGACAAUGCGUUAUGCAAUGCCCUUGACACCGAAGAUUUGUAUACGUUGUCCUUACUAGUUAUACCAGGAAACGAAUUUUGCAGUAAAGCAUUGCUCCGUACAGAUUAUAUGAAGGAUAUUAUAAUUAAUUCCGUUGUUGGCGGUGGUAUUUGCGGCUCUGCAUAUUAUAACGGACCAACUGAACAAAACGACAACAAAAGGACUGACAUAACAUGUUAUCCUCAAGAUAAAACCAGAAAUCUUGCGUCUGUCAUAGUAGAGAUUCAGAAGAAGGUGACACAUGAGUUUAUUGUACGAUUAGUGCAAUAUUCGUUGAAUGUAUUUGAUCAAACAAAGAUUCUCCCAAUUGUUAUAGUCAUCAAUAUUGAUGGGUUCUCAAGCAAACAUUUUCGUGAGGAAGACUUUACCAAACGCGAUAAUGAGCCGUACUAUAUACUUUCCAGUUCGCUUUGGGCAAAACAAGUUCAUAUUUACAAUGCUGAUUCGAUCGCAUCACUAAUACAAGUACCAAUGCCAAAAAUAAUUGCGUUAAUUCACUUUCUAACACAGCAAAAAAAACAUGUUGUUGCCUUGGAUGAAUACAUGGAUUGAACGCCUCAGAAAAUUUACAGAAUAUCUUUUCAAAUCUUUACCUGUGAAUCGAACAGCAAAGUAGUUCGGGAUAUUGAGAUUGAAUCCUUUUGUGAUGCUGUUGCAUCUCAAUUUAAAAAAGUUAUUCAUAAUAACACUUUAAACGAUGAAAUCUCACGGAAACGUAUUGAAAAAUACGCAGAGGAUGGUGUCAGCUUUGCGGAAAACUUUAAACGACGUUAUAUAGGGGAAGAAGAGUCCGUCUGUGUAACAUCUAUUCAAACCACUGAAUCCAAGGACCUUAUAUUUGUAAAGGAGUUCAUGAAACAAAACCAAGGCAAAUGAAAUGGUCAUCUUGUUAUGACAAGGGAAUCGAGAAAGGUCUGUUUGGUAGAUUUGCAUCCUAUUCAACACUAAAAAUGGCCUUUCAUCGCCACACGCUUUGAGUUAAUAUUGUGAAACCAAUACCCUCCUUUACGAUUG